AUGGUUUUCCAGAAACACCGUAAACGUAACUUCAAGGGAAGAGGUAGAUCCGUGCAUGUCUCACGUACAACCCGCGUAAACAAAGCGAGCUAGCUAACUUUUGACAGAAGUAAAAGGAACCAUCAUUAACAAAACGGAGCAACGACUGACUUGCCUGGGCUUUCCUUGCACCAUGUCUCGACCACUGGGCGACAGCCAUAAAAGGUUCCUGCAAACCAUGAUGGUCAAUGGGAUCAUUGACGGUGCCAAGGCAAGGGCUCUCCACCGGCAUUGCUGUGAGACACACGGUGCACACUAUGCUCAUGAUAAACUUGAUGAAUUCAUUGAGGUUAUCAAUGCCCAGCUGCAGCCCAUGUUCAUGCAGAUCAGAAAAGGGAUGUCUGAGGAGGAUGGUCUUCAGUACCAUGCUUUGGUGAACAUGGCUGAAACUGAUGUGACCAGGAUGUCAACUGAUUAUGCAGACAACGAGUUGGAAUUAUUUCGAAAAACAAUGGACCUAAUUGUGGACUCUGACAAUGGAACCGCCUCUUCCACGGACAUUCUUAACUGUGCCGACAGCCUCCAGACAAAGAAGCUAAAGAAAAGAGAAACGGAACAUGUACUGAACAGGCUUGUUCAGGAUAAGUGGCUGAAUGAGAAAAAUGGAGACUACUCUCUCUCCACUCGAUGUAUAAUGGAGAUGGAGCAAUAUAUUCGGAUGUUGUAUCAAGACCAGGUCAAGGUCUGCCAUAUCUGUCACAAUGUGGCCUUGCAGUGCCAGAUGUGUGAAAAUCCUACAUGUGGCAUCAAAAUCCACACCCCUUGUGUCGCCAGAUACUUCAAAGGAAGGACUGAUCCACGAUGCCCUGCCUGUGAGGACUUCUGGCCACAUGAGAUCCCAGAUGUGUAUAGACCUCCGUCCUCUCAGAGCGAGACUCAGUCAGCAGCCAAAGAGAACACGGCCCCCACCCCCACUCCUCGGUCUACAGCUCAGACCAGGAGGACCAGGAGGUCAUAACCUCACGGAUGUAUGUAUAGCUGUCAGAACUUUCAGUGCAAUGUUUUGCCUUCAUUCAAAUGUAAAGAGAACUCAAUUUCAGUUUGAAUGUUGAUUAACAUUUGAUAUAAUAAAAAUGUUUUAAUGUU